AUGCGUGAUUAUAUUUUCAAAUGUCCUUUGCAUGUUAUUUCAAUCAGAUUCUGGCUGAUCGUGUGCCCGGAGGUGACUACAACCGUACAAGUCGCGAUGCGUCUCUACGAUGAGGUUGCUUCGGUACCCUACAUGGGCAAAUUCAUUGUUUUUGCCAAGCGGCCGGAAGUUGACGAGGCUCUGAUUCGCUGCUUCUGCAUUACUGACGACAAGGUCGACAAGGUGAGUCUGCGUGCAUGCGUGCAUUCUGUCUUUGCUCACGCUAACUCUUGUGCUUCCCUCUUCCUCGUGCAGACUCUGGAGUGCCAAGAGGGCUUCGACCUCGUAGCAGCCAGUAGCGAAGUCGAGGUGGUCGAUAAUCAACCUACUUGGCUAGAGGCCAGUGGAAACCUAGCUCCAGUUGUGAAGGCGGACGAUCAGCUGCGCUUGCAUUUCAAUGCAUUCCGCGAGAACCGGCUCGCGUUUCCGGUACGCAUUCGGGACGUGGAGCUAGAACCCUCCGGUAAACUGGUCUUCCUACGAGACCCACGACCGGGUAGUGAUGCUGAAACCAAACCUCUCUUGCCCGAUGGUUCGGCUGCCCAGACAGAGGCUCUUGCAGUGCGAUCAAUCUGUGGCCUCGAGGUUAAAAUUCCCACUGACCUAGAACAUCACCACUUCCCUCUGCAGGCCGGCGCUGCCGGUUCUGCAAUAGGUGCGGCCGGGGACGCGCCGAACGAUAUGACUUCUGCCACCUCUGUCGGUCCUGUUUCUGUGGUUUCGUUGUCCUGCAGUCAACCUCAUCAGUACGAGCAUGUUACACAGCAACAACCCAGCUUCGACUCCCAUGGUCGCGAUUUGUCUGUCCCUCCGCCUAGUUGGGUAAACGCUCUAGGUGAUGACGCCAUCGCCAGGACUCAGCUGGACUUGAUUGAAGUUGCUACUGCGGUCGGCUCUGAUUGGCCCAAACUUGUGAUGGCCCUCUUUGCUACUGACUCCAGCGAAUUGCCUCCAUCCGCGGAUAAUUUGGCUGAGUGGUUGUUACGCCAUUGCACCAGCGCCGACACCGUUGCCGCCGCCGGUCUAAACAGCAACGAAUUACGCAGUGACCGUGAUCGUGCCCUGGCUAUUCUCAUUGCCUGGAAAACUGAGGCGGGCGAUGCGGCGACUGGGCAACUGGAGUCAGGUCAGAUGGAAUCAACACCAGACUUUGUGGGCGAUCAGGCACGUGAAGUGGUGGAAUUCAGUGGCGCAGCACUGGUCUCUGCGGAGCCCACCCUCACCACAACUACUUUGGAACCCAGCAUUUCGGAGACUGAGCCGGUCGUUGAGGAGGCCACCUUGGCAAAAUCGGAGACAGUUACCGCGGAACAAACCGAAGAGAUCAUGGAGCAUGCACCCGUCGAGGGUUCUGCCUCGGAGGCAGUAGAGGAAACGCCCAUAAACCUCGCUGCGCAAGAAGAACCUUUUGUCGUUGUAAGUGGAUUCUCCCUUGUUGUUGUUGUUGUUUCUCAUUCGUUGGACGAUUGGGUAAAGAAUAGCCUCUUUACCAUCAUUGAAGUGAUGCUGUGCUAA